CAGAAGCUUGCCUCUUGGAAAAGCUCCUUGCUGUCCUUCGAAGGUUGGAUAACUUUAAUCAACUCGGUACUCUCUGCUAUCCCUAUAUUUUAUUUAUCUUUAUUUAAGAUUCCUAAAUGUGUAAUUCGGGAGAUGAUUAAAAUUCAAAGAAGUUUUUUUUGGGGGGGUGUCAAUUUGGAUAGGAAAAUUUCAUGGGUUAGUUGGGAGUACAUGUGUGUGGAUAAGGGGAGAGGAGGUUUAGGAGUGGCUGAUUUGGAGAGGAGAAAUUGUAGUUUGUUGGGAAAAUGGUGGUUUAGGCUAGGUGAUGGUGUUGAGGGUUUAUGGAAGCGGAUUCUUUGGGAGAAAUAUUAUGGGGGUAGAAAGGAGGCUGAUAUUACGUCAGUUGUGAAUUGGAAUAUGUCCGGUGUAUGGAAGGAUAUUAUGGGUCUAGGCAGAGGGUCAGAAAGAUUGGACGCAAUGUUAGGAAAAGGUUUUCAGUGGAAGGUUGGGAAUGGGAGUUGUGUAGAUUUUUGGCAUGAUAAAUGGGUGGGGGAUAAACCAUUGAGGAUUUUAUUCCCUCGGUGGAGGCGAGGUUGUGUAGGGAGGGGAGUGGGGGAGGAAGAACAGUUUAGGGAGUUGAUUAAUAGGGUCAGGUUGCAUAAGGAAGAAGCUGAUACUUGGAGAUGGAUCCAUAGUGGUGAUGGUGUUUAUUCGGCUAAGAGGGCUUACGACUUUUUAUCAUCGAAAUGUUGUAUUUUGGAUGAGAAAUGGUCUAGGGUCAUUUGGGCUAGUUAUGUACCCUCCAAAUUGAGCGUAUUUGGGUGGAGAUUUUUUUUGAACAGGUUAGCUACAAAGGAUAACUUGUGUCGGAGAGGGGUGGCUCUUCCAGGGGGGAAUGUUUGUUGCGGGCUUUGCCAUGAAGAUGUCGAGCAACUCCAGCAUGUCUUUUGUCAUUGUAAACCAGUUUGGCUGGUGUGGAUGAAGGUUCUGGGUUGGUGGGGUGUACAGAGUGCUUUGCCAAAUGAUGUCUUUGGAAUGGUAGAUGCUGUGGUGGCUGGAAUCAAUGGGGGGAGUUGGACGGAUUUAGGGCCUCUUAUUUUUUUGGUUACUGCUUGGUAUGUUUGGUUUUGGAGAAAUUUGAAAGUGUUUGGGGCUGGUGAAAGGUUCGAAGAGCGAAUAUUGGAUUCUAUUCAAUCUAAAUCUUUUUUCUGGCUGAAAAAUAAGGAACAAGGCUGUAGUUUUUCCUAUACAUAUUGGAUUUUACGACCGUUGGAGUGCAAGAAGGCCAUUGUUCAACACGGCAGGAACCUAAGGAAUUAUAAGAGGCUGUAUGCGUCUGCGGAUAGAGUUCAAGUUCAAGGUGCUGCGUCUAUGCUAUUGUAAGACUCGCUGGAGAUGGUUACGUGAAGUUUGAAGGGAUUUCUAUGGGCAUUGUGGCAAGGGCUUUCUACCGUCCCAAGUUGUCAUUUUUUUAAUGGGUGUUUCUCAGGUCUUGUGAUAUUUGGUGUGUUGGUUACUUGUUUGAAGGGAGGGUGUUGGUUUACUUUCUCUUUUAUUUUUGUAUGUGGGUUGGAGUACCCCUUGUACUCCAUUCAAUAAAUUUCAUUUUGCUGA